UCAUGUUUUGCCUCGAUAUCCUUUUCUUCAGUUUAAAGCGUCGGAUAAUAGACUUUUAGAGCAUCAUUCUUGGAUCCCACCACUCGUAUCAUCUUCUUUUUCUUCGUAUCUUCUGCUUCUCCAGAACAAAUUGAGUUCGUUCCUUCACCCCCGUGUUUUGACUGGACACUUAUUUAGGACUUUGUGCAGCCUUAUUUCUCGGAAUGUGUUGACACGUAGGAUAUUUCUGCUUUAUUCAUGAACUGCAGGGUUAUAAUUGAAAGGACAGACACCUUAUCAUCAUGGACUUCGACAAAAUUCUUCACAAAGCGCAAAAAAAUGAAAAGAAAAAGGCGAAAGAGCAGGUGAACUGUUACCGGACUUCAUUUUCCCCUCCAAAAAAAGAAGGUAGGACCAAGGGGCUUUCUGCAAACAUACAGAAGUUUCUAGCUAGAAAAGAAGAUGAAGAGCGUAGAAAAAAGACUGACGAGAACAAGAAGAAGGAGGAACUAUUGGCACUACGGAAUCAAGACACUAAGGCCAAAAAAAGGGUGCAGGUAAUGUUGAAACGUACUAAAUCUGCCAACAAAUCAGUUUUGGCUGAUGCUAUUGAUACUGUAAAUACUGCCGACACUAUAAAUGGACCCCAGCAAUGUGAUGAGGAUGAUUAUGGAUACGUCUCUCAGGAAGCCUCAAAGUUUUAUAAACAAAUGAUGGAAAAAUAUACUGCUGUUCCUGUUGCAGAGAAAAAAUCCUCUAAACCUAAUAAUAAGGCAACUGCCAGAGAUUUGGUCAACACCAAGGAUCGGGUUAGGCAAGCAUUGUUGAGACAAGAAGAGGAAGAGCACCUGCCCCACAAAAGAAAACGCAAACAUAAAGAAGAUGCCGAAGAUGGAGAUGGUGAUCACAGAAGCCGAAGCAAUAGUAGAGAAAGAAGUCCAGAACCUGAGAAACCAAAACCGAAGAGGCCAGCAAUGCCACCACCUCUUGAUUUUUCAUCCCUUUUAAAAAUAGCUGAGAAGAAACAGUUUGAGCCUGUUGUUGUUGAGAAAAAGAUUGUAAAAAAGGAAAAGGAAGAACCAGAGCGAUUGAUGACUAAAAAGGAGAAGCUAGAGUAUGAAAGGCAAAAAGAGAGAGAGAAAAGAUUGUCUGAGUAUUCUAAACAAUCUUCAUCUAAUUCAAGAUCUGAUGACAGCCCUCAUUCCAGUGAGCACAGCGGAAGCAGAGGAAAGCAAACUGCAAGACAAGAUGGAGACAAAUACAGAUCAAAGGAUGAAGACAGAUACAGUGACAAAAGUAAAGAUAAAGAACGACAACGGGACAAGGUUAGAAGUAAUUACAGUUCACAGACAGAUAAUAGAAGAGCAGAGGAAAGCCGUCACGAAACCAAGUCAACUAGCCUCCACUCAAAACGUAGUCCUGACUCAUAUCAUUCGUCACAAUCUCGUUCAAGAUCUCGCUCACCUCAUACUUCAAGAGAUCGCUCAAUAAGUAAUGGACAUUCUAGUAAACAUCGACUGAAUCACUCAAAUAGUAGUCCAAGUACUGACCGUCAGCACACAUCCUUAUCAAGGAGUAGAGAGGAAAUCAGAAGAAAUGGUACUGUAGGUAGUGACACUAAAACUCCAUCAUCUUUACCAAGAAUUCCCAAAAUACCAAGAAUAAAUGAAGAAAAUAGUUCUCGUAAUUCUGAGAAGGAAAGGUCUAAGGAAAGAGAUAAGCUACGUGAAAAAGAGUUAGAAAAAAUUAAAGAAAAAGAGAGAGAAAAGGCUAAAGAAAGGGAAAAGGAAAGAACAAAAGAACGGGAGAGAGCAAAAGAACAAGAAAAGGCAAAGGAAAGAGAGAGGGAUAAGGAAAGAGAGAGGGAUAAGGAAAGGGAGAAAGAGAAGGAAAGACAAAGAGAGAAGGAAAGACAGAGAGAGAAAGAACGAGAUAGAGAGAGAGAAAAGGAAAAAGAAAGAGAGAAAGAAAAGGAAAAGGAAAGAGUAAGGGAGAGGGAACGGUUAAAAUUAAAAGAGAGAGAGAAACAAAAAGAGAGAGAGAAACAGAUCGAAAGACAAAAGGAAAUCGAGAGAGAAAGAGAAAAGGCAAAGGAAAGAGACCGAUUGAAAGCUCGGGAACAGGACAAGGAACGUGAGAAACGAGAUCGAGAUUAUAAAGAAAGUAUAUCCAAGAAGCCACUUAGUGCAUCGGACAAAGAAAAACUUAAACAACAGGAAGUUAGAAAGACUUCAAAAUAUGACAAGCUUGAUCUUUUUGGAGACAGAGAUAGUGCUUCUCCGGAGAGACCAGCUUUGAAAUCUAACAGAACUGGAGAUAAUCUAAAGAAGAGCAAUACUCAAGUGAAAGUAGAACGUAUCAAGGUUGUAGAGACUGAAACAAGAGACUUAUUUGACAAUCCUGUAACAAUUGUGCGAAAGCAAAAUCCGAGUGAUAACCGUAAAGAAAAGCCUAGCUCUUCCAAAUUAGAUGACAAGUCAAAACCUUCAUCAUCAAAAUCUAUGACUAGUAGUAAGAAUCCAAUGGAUAGCGACAGAAGUAAAUUAGGCAAUCCUCACGAUCGCAAAAGAGAAGCUGAGGACAUAAGGAAUUCCUCAGACAAGAGACCAAGGUUAGAUUCAAAUAUGGCUGGAAAAUCUCAGUCCUCUAAAGAUAACUUCAAGAAACCAUUACCACCUUCUCGUGGAGAGCCAAGGAAAGAAUUCCCACCUAAAGACCUCAAGCCAAAGGAAUUCCCUCCAAGAGAUCUACAGCGCAAACAAUUCCCUCCAAGGGAUUUGCAGCCGAAACAAUUCCCUCCAAGAGAUUUGCAGCGGAAACAAUUUCCUCCAAGGGACUUGCAACCUAAGCAGUUCCCACCAAGAGAUCUGAAACCAAGAAAGUUCCCCCCCGAUGAUGUGAGAAGAAAUGGGCCUAUGCCUAAAAAACGUUAUGAGAUAAGUGAUUCAGAUGACUCUGAUGACGAUGAAGAUGAGUAUGAAUCAGAUUUAGCUGAUUUCAUUGAUGAUGGACCAGCAGGAGAUGAAGAGGACUACUCAAAGUAUAUCAAAGAUAUCUUUGGCUAUGAUAAGUCCAAAUAUCUUGAUGAUGACGAAGAUAUUGAAGAAUCUAGUUUUGCUGAACAGAUGCGGGAGGAAUGUCGGAGUGCCAAAUUGGGUCUACUUGAAGAUUUGGAAGACAUGGCCAUGGAGGUUAGAGAGAAACGACGGAAAGCUUUGCAGCGUACAAAGAGAGGCAGAAGAUAAUCUAAUCAGGGGACCAGAUUUGUCGCUUGCUAAUGGUAGUGAGAUAUAUAUAG